GCGGACAGGGCUAGGGUCUGCCUGGAGGCGGGGCGGGGUCUCCGAAACCAGCCAGGCGAAGGGCGGGAUCUUAGAGGUAGAGGUGGGGCGGCGUCCACAGCACCGGCUGAGCCGGGGGCGGUGGGCAGAGGCUCUGGCACCCAGCUGACUCUGGCCCACUCCGGCAGCGGAGACGCUCGCGGACGGCACGGGUACUAUGGGCUCCUGCACCGGCCGCUGCACGCUCCUUGCGCUCUGCACUCUGCAGCUGGUCACUGCUCUGGAGCGUCAGGUGUUUGACUUCCUGGGCUACCAGUGGGCGCCCAUCCUGGCCAACUUCAUCCACAUCAUCAUGGUCAUCCUGGGGCUCUUCGGCACCAUCCAGUAUCGGCCGCGUUACAUCGUGGUGUAUGCUGUGUGGGCAGCUGUCUGGGUCACCUGGAAUGUCUUCAUUAUCUGUUUCUACCUGGAAGUGGGGGGCCUCUCGAAGGACAGUGAGCUCUUGACCUUCAAUCUCUCCCGGCACCGCUCCUGGUGGGAGGAGCAUGGGCCAGGCUGUCUACAUGAGGCGGCAUCCACAGCAGACCUCAAGGUCCUACGUGAACAAUCCCUGAUGGUGGGCACUGGGUGUGCCCUGUCACACAGCUAUGUGGAGGCCCUACACAGUGGCCUGCAGAUCUUGCUGGCGCUCCUGGGUUUCAUCUACGGCUGCUAUGUGGUCAGCAUGUUUAUGGAAGAAGAAGACAGCUGUCUGUGUAAGUGAAGGUGCCUCUGAUCCUGCUCCUGAAACACAGCCACAGCCACAGGGACAAUGAGGAGACCCUGGGCCUUGAGUCAUCCUAGUUCUGCCUCUCUGCCUGCCCAGCACGUGCCCAGGUUCGUCUUGAACACCAGUGAGGGGUGAGGAGCAGUGCAGGCCAGGGUGACUGCCACUGUGACUUUGUGUUUUUAAUAAGAAGACAUGAAAGAAAAUAGAAACAAAA